AUGGAUGGCUAUGAUUUUUUGUCCGACUCGCAGAAACAUGACCUUAAUUCUGGCAUUGCUGCCUACUUGAAGGACCGAGGACUCGAGGAGAGCUACGAGGCAUUUAUGAGAGAGUCCCACCUGGAGGGAGUUCAACUCAGCAAAAAGGCCCCGUUGUUCGUCCAAAGGUGGAACGCUCUGUUGCGCCUAACAAAGAAGAACACCGAGCUGGAGGCGACGGUUGCCGUUCUCCAAAGGAACACGUACACCAGAGCUGCAACUGGCUUGGAUCCGAAGAAAUGGGUGCCCCGUUCCACAUUGGCCGAGAAGACGAUGCUAGUUUCCACACAGCCUGUGCAUGCCGUCGCAUUCCACCCCCAAUUGCCGAUAGUCGCUUCCGGAUCCGAUGAUACAGCUGUCAAGAUCUGGGACUGUGACACGGGCCUGCAGACGGCUUAUUUGCGAGGUCAUCAGCAGGGAGUCAUUGCACUGGCUUAUUCCCACAAUGGCGAAAGAUUGGCCUCUGCCUCGAUCGAUGCGACUGUGAAGCUGUGGGAUGGCGUAAUGCCGGAACUUCCUAUUUUUACCUUACAAGGUCAUGAUCACACCGUCUCGGGUGUGGCGUUCAUGCCGGACGACAAACACUUGGUGUCAUCGUCUCGUGAUGGCUCGAUAAGAUUGUGGGAUCCGUCGAAUGGAUAUUGCGUCGCGGUACUUCGUUGUGACGACACCUGGAUUCGAAGUGUUCGUCCGUCUCCGUGUGGGACAUUGCUGGCAUCCGGAGGCAACGAUCAUAAGUUGACGAUCUGGUCCAUGGCCACCAAAGAGCCAACGCAUACGCUUCACGGACACGAGCAUGUCGUAGAAGUUGUCGACUGGGUUUCGGAAACGUUUGACACCACCAAGAAUGGCAAGAAACCUGAAUCGCAGAUGAUAGUGGCCUCGGCCGGACGCGACAAGAAGAUCAUCCUCUGGGCAGCCACUACUGGCGAAAUGCUCUACACCUUCCUUGGGCACAAUAAUUGGAUCCGGUCUUUAAAGUGCCAUCCCCAUGGAAAAUACCUUAUCUCGGCAUGUGAUGACUUCUCAAUUCGUGUCUGGGAUAUCGAGAACCAGCGCUGUAUCGUCACGAUUGAGAAUGCGCAUAGCCAUUUUAUAAACAGCAUAGAUUUCCAUCAGCAGAUGCCGAUGGUGGUCACUGGCAGCAGCGGCGGAGAGAUAAAAACCUGGGGCUGCAAG